ACAGGCAGAUGGUGUGGAGUCCAAGCGCUGUCAUCCCUUUUUUGGCAUGAAACCCCUAUGCCAGUCUAAGUUUGUGUGUGUUUUUAUGCCACUCACACUGAUGUGACUAGGUUUGAUAGUAUCAGCCUCUGACAUAUGCACAGUGAUUCCCAAGUAGAAUUACCCACAAAUUGGUUUCCUCUCUCUCUAUAGCACUGCAAGUCCAGAACUGAAUGACUGAGAGGAGUCUUGGCCAAUCAGAAGAAUGGGUGUUCUGGUCCUUGCUGCUGACAGCGAAUGAUAGCAGAGGAAACCCUUUUGUAUUGGCUUUAUAGCAGACACCGAGGCAGAGGGCAGUGUGGGGGAAGCUGUGGGUCUCCCAGCUAAAGAAAACGUGCAUCUAUAAGCUCUCUGUCCAACAAUGUUCAUCCACGUGAUCCACGAGAUUGUGCCAGGCUGGUGCACAGGUUCUGAUUGUUCUGUUUGCAGUGCACAAUGGGAGUGGUUACAGGCAGCAGCAGAAGAUUAUCACUGGAAGUAGUGCCUCCCACGGACUCCUGUCGGUGACCCCGGAAUUAUAAUCGUAAUCUUCCUGCAUUGCUAAUGAGUGGUUAAGAAGACUUUGGAGUUCAGUGAAUUCAAACCAAGGCCAGGCAAAUGAGGCUGCUGCAGACAAGCCAUUGAAAAGCAAGAGUUGGAAUAAGAGUGCAAUCAGAGAAGCCUUCCUGUACUAACAUGUCUUACAGGCUCCCUCCAUUCAUAAUGCCGCAGAGCUAUAAGCAGAAAGUGGAGCUCAGUAUCCCUCGGAGCCCGAGUUACAUUAAUAACCUGUACCAGAAUGCACAGCUGGCACAGGGAUUUGGGGGACCAGGUACAAAAUUCACACGGCCCGCUGAAGGAUCCAAUCGGCUGCCUCGAGCCCAGAGCAAGGUAAACCAUGGCUGCGACCCAGAAGUGAGACCUAUUAUGCGGCGAAGAACCAAAUCUCUGCCCAGUUCGCCCGAAAGAAAGCGUGCCAUAAGAUGCCAGCCCAAAUGCCAUAAAGUCAGAUUUGCAGAUUCUCUUGGUUUGGAGUUGGCAGAGGUUAAAGUCUUCAGUUCUGCAGAUGAUCCUUCCAUCCCACUGCAUGUCCUCUCCAGACUAUCCAUAAACUCAGACCUGUGCUGCAGUCAAGAGCUGCAAGUCCCCAUCCAGUACUUGGAGCCUGAUUUCCAACAGCCGAAAGAUAGCGGGGAUUUCCUGGAUCGGCUGCAGCAACAGUGUGUUUGUUUGGAGCGAGUAGCAAGUUCAGAGGAGAAGGGCAUUUCUGGAACAGUGUGGAUUGUCAAUCUGGCCUUUGAGAAAUGUGUUACAGUCCGGUAUACAUUCACCAACUGGAAAAACUAUUACGAGGCCAAGGCAGCGUGGAAGAACAGUGCAGAGAAAAGUGGCUGGGAUGUAUUCACUUUUGCCAUUCCUAUACCCCCUUUCCUCCACCAUAUUUGCUCAGUGAUACAGUUUGCCAUCAGGUAUCAGGUCGCUGGCGAGGAGUACUGGGAUAACAACCAAGGCAAGAACUACACGUUCACGUACAGAAGCCAUACUCUCCGAAUGCCAAAGGACAGUGAGCAGAGCUGGAUUCACUUCAUCUGAUCAGACUGAUGCACAAAUGAACAUCACAGGGGCUGCUGUCCUAUUACAGUUUCAUUAGCAGAUAAUCAAAGGGGGUCAGGAAUGUUUGGUAUGGAUGGAAACUAGACUGAGUCAAUGAUCUUUUAAUGCAAAGGGGGCAAGUUAUAUAUAGUGUUGGGGAAAAAUCCAAAGACCAGAGAUCAUUUGAGGUGAAAGGCUACAAAGGCCUGGAGUAAGGAAUGGAAUCUUGAAUUACAGGAAGAAUAGCCAAUCUGAAUUGAUAGGGUCCCCAUCUGUAUGGGGGGAAAUUAUACAAAUCAGGCAUGUCCAUUUUGUGGCCCCUGAUCUUUUAAUGCAAAUGGAGCAAGUUGUACUUCAGUCAACGGUUCACAGGGCUGGAGUAUGAAGAGGACUACUGAAUUACUGGAAAAUUACAGGAAAAUCAAUCAAUAAUCUGUGUACAAGAUGUGCAAAUAGUGGCCCUCAACCUGUUGUUGCACUAACUUAGACCUUCCUGCCAACAGUUGAAGGCUGAUGGAGGAUUCUGGGAGUUGCAUCUUAAGAACAGCUGAGAGUUUGCAAGCUGGACUUAAUAUCAAUAAUGUAUGUCCUGCACAUGGUACAUGCUCUCUCUCUUACCUUGAAAAUGUUUUGAUGCAGAAGUGGUCUUUCCUGGGAUCAAGUGCAAGGGGACACAAGCUCCUCUUAUUUAAUUACUGACAGCAGGACUGUCAUCCGGGGGGGGGUGGAGGUUGUUCUAGGGUAAUUCAAUUAGUAGCCUGUGGCUAAGGGAGGGCUGCAAGAGAGACAAAGGAAUGAUUUGUGGGUCUCAAAUCAUUUGCAUGAUCAGGUUGGUUUGGGGGUAUCUCAGGCUCAGUUCUACUUGUUGACAGGGCCGAUCAACCUUGGGGGCAAUGGUACAUUUAAAUUUUGGGUGAUUUGCAUUUUGGGUGAUUUGAACAUAUUUCUUCUCACUAAAAACAUGGUAUCAGAAUGCCUGGUGCCCCUUUAUGUGAAAAUACCAUGAUUCUCAGCUUGAAAGGGCUCAGAAGGCAAAAUACCCAAACUUGUUGCACGUGCGAUUGGCCUUAAAGGAGAAGGAACAGCUUUGUCCACUUGGGGGUGCCAAAUGUUAGGAACCCCAAGUGAUUGUAU